AUGCAAUACACCCUUCUUUUUGCUGGUCUUGCCGGCUUCACUCUUGCCUCUCCAGCUGCAAAGCGGGAUACCUGCUCCGAUGCAUGCUAUAAUGCUUACAACACCUGCCGCGGACAGCCAGACGCCAAUUUCUCCACUUGUGCUUCCAACUAUGCCACUUGCCUAGGCUAUAGCCCUUUCAACUCUGAGGGAUCACUCGUUACCCCAACCGCUUGCUCUAUCACUGCGUCUGCCACUGCUUCCGCCUCUGUUUCCGCCUCCGCUUCCAAUUCCUCUUCCGCCUCUGCUACUGCAUCUGCUACAGGGAAUAGAGACACCUGCUCACAGGAGUGCACGGACGCUUACAAUACCUGCCGCGGUCAACCUGAUGCCAACCGCGCUGCCUGCGCUUCUGACUAUGCUACAUGCUUGGGUUAUAGUCCAUUCGACGCCAGCGGGUCGCUCGUUACACCAACUGCUUGUUCAAUCACUACUUCUCCUACCGCUUCUGCUACCUCUAACUCAAGCGCCACGCCGGACGCCUGCGCGCAAAAAUGUGCAGAAGCUUUGAGCACCUGUCAAACCAAUCCCGACUCCAACAAAGCCACUUGCGCUUCCGAAUAUGCCACCUGCUUGGGAUACAACCCUUACAGUCCCAGCUUUGUGGCUCCUACCGCUUGCUCCACUAACAACGGAUCUGUCGCAUACACCACAGAGGUUGUCACUGCUUUGACGACUUACUGCCCGGCACCCACAACUCUGGUGGUCAACUCUCAGACUUACACGGUCUCCUCAGCAACUACCCUCACCAUCACUGACUGCCCUUGCACCAUAACUACGGCUCUUGUGUCCAGUACGAAUACGGCUUCAGUGACUAAUCCUCCCCUUUAUAGCACUAGCGAGGCGACUGGCACUGGUGCUGUUUAUCCUACCACUACCACUCCUGGUAUCGCUGUCACCGCCGCAGCUGGUGUUGUCAAGCCUAUCAUGGGUUUGAUCGCCCUGGGUGCAGUCGCUCUGAUCUAA